CAGAUGGCGGGUGACCGGUGGUUGAAUCUGAUUCAGACUGCUCAGAAAACAGCAAUUAUUCAAGAUGGAAAACGAAAAAUUCAUUUUUUAUUGGAAGAUGGCAGAGAAAUGGUAGAAGAAUAUCAUAUAGAAACUAAUGUAUUAGUUCGAAGAGCAUGGAAAGAAACAGGUAAACUUGGUCAGAAUGUAGGUUGGAAUGUAGAAAUUGGUGAUCCAGAACCCAUGCAAAAUAAUAUUGAAGUUUGUGGAAUUCAGGAAAGUUCAAAUGCUCCAUCUAUUUCUAGAAGAAUAACAAAAACAUCACUUGAAUGGCGUAUAAGAAAUUUACCAUACCCACUUAAUGUAUAUUCAGUAACUGCGGAGGGUGAUGGAACAAUAACUGUUCGUACAAGUAAUAAAAAGUACUUUAAAAAACUAGUGGUUCCUGAUCUGGAACGUGUUGAAUUGAAACCAGAACAAGACAGAAUAUCUGUUACACAUCAAUAUAACACAUUAAUUAUUACGUACAAAAAACCACCUGCACUCUUGGAAUUCGAAAAAAAGGUGUUCAGUGAAAUCUUGCAGGCGAAAUCAAGUAAGGAUAGCGGUAUACAGUGUCCAACAAGCUAAUAAAAAUGUUCCAU